UUAUCAAUAAUGCUGUUGCAAUAAUCUAGAAAGAAUGUAGCCUAAGCAUAAUAAUAAACAGCUUCAUCUCAUACAAUAAAGAUGAUUUCUGAAAAAUGGAGAAGAAUAUCAUCAGAAGUUGAUAAUCAAAAAGCAAACAGACUAUAGCAACUUCAAGAAAAAAUGAAAUAAAUCGAAAAACAAGCAUUAACGGUUAAUAAUAGCGAAAUCAAAUAAUUAUAAGAUUCAAUAAAUACUUUGAACCAAAAUGUUUAGGAGCAUUUGACUCAAGAAUAUAAUCAUAAAUCAUCAAAAGCAUAUGAAAACAUUAAGAAUACUUUAGAUAAGAGUCUACAACAGUAAAAUUAAUAAACAUAGGAUAUGGAGAAAAGGGUUGAUCAUCUACUUGAUUGGAACCAUCUUUAAGAUUAGAUAUCAAGAAAUGAAUCUCAAUAUGAUUUUGAUAUUCAGAAUAAAUUAUAAAUGAUAGCUGAUUCAUUUAAUUAGAUUGAAGAUGUUCUAGAAACAGAAAGAGAACAAAGGUAAAUGAAUAUUAUGACUAGUAGAAUUCAAUCCUUUGAGUAAAUAGAGGGUGAAUUAGAACAAAAUCUAUUUUAACUUAAAAACUAUAUAUCUUCUGAAUCUAGUCUUAGAAGACAAAAGGAAAAUAAAAUAUUUGAUAUGAUAAAUGAUGUGCAUUAGAACUUGUCCUUAAUGUUGUAAGAUGAGAAGAAAGAAAGAUAAAUUAUGACUAAUAAUUUAAUGUAAUUGAUGGAUGAUGCAUGUAUUAGAAUUGAUAGAAGUCUAAGUUCAUUUUGAUAAUUUUAUAUUUUAAU